UGAACAACUGCCCUAUUUUGCUAGAUCACCUCGAAAAUCCAGCCGCCAUCAUUAUGAUCAAGCAGAAGAUUCACAAGAAAUACCUCGACAAAUCGCUACUGAACAACCUGCUGAUUGCCAAAUUCGGGGCUGGCGGGUUCCAAGUUGAGGUCGAGUCUGAAGUUUACAUUCUCGCAGUCCCUCAAGAGCUGACCGAGGCCGAGAUCGAAACCUGCCGCACAAGGUCCUGAGAGCGCUAGCCCACUCGAAACCGGAUCCUCGCUCGAUGGACUCGAUUGAAGACCGCAUUAUUGGGUUGCAGACCAAGAAUUUCGAAUCUGCGUACUUUGUGCCGGCUGAAGAUAUCGAAGAAUUGCUUACCGAGUCUACCGUUCGCGACUUGGUAAAACAAUGUGGCAUUGAAGUGCAGCAUCAAGAGGAAACGAUUUCGAUCAUAAUAUCCGGGGCUCGAAAGAUAUUUGCUAUUUUGAUAUUGAUUCACAAUGAGGUGUUGAUACGGAAGUUCGUUGAGCAUGAUCAAUUUCAGAUCGAGAAGCUUGAUGCAAAACUGCCCUUAUCUGAACCGGCAUCGUCGCUAAAUCAGCCCGUACCGGGGUUGGUGAGCAUCAUCGGAAAUAGCCCUGCCAAGAAUUUUUUUCAGAAACAAUGGAUGUUUGUUUCACCAUACUUUCGGAAUGAUCUCUCGCAUCGCACCUUAGAUCCUGAUGUUGUGCUGCCGUUCAUAUUGAGCUCUUCUAUUGGUAGAGGCGCUUUUGGCUCCGUCUCCGAGGUUGUGUUGCAUCCUCACCACCAAGGAAUACUUAGGGCAACCGAUAUUAAAACAGAAAUAAAACUCGUGAGGAAACAGAUUGAGAUAUCGGCAGAGUCCGUAGCAGGAUCCUCCAUCUCCGCCGAAGGGGAUAUCUUGUCUACCCUCCGCCUCGUUGAUCACCCAAACAUUGUCCGCCUUGUAACCACAUACUUACAUCGUGGGUCAUACAACCUACUGUUCUUCCCUGCGGAAUGCAACCUUUAUCAGUUCCUCUCGCAAGAUAGGAGGAUGCCAGAAUUUGAAACCGACACUGCCUUUUUUGUCGCCUUGCAGGGCAUCUCUUCUGCUCUAGCAACACUCCAUGAAUUCUACUCCCCUGGUUUCAAUAUCAGUAUGAUUGGCUGCCAUCACGAUCUGAAGCCAUCAAAUAUCCUUAUCGAAAAGAACAGAUUCCUUCUCGCCGAUUUUGGCCUGUCACGACUGAAGCCGUUGAACGCCGACUCCAAAACCUUAUUUCAAGGCGCUGACAGCAACUAUGCGGCACCAGAGUGCGAGUUUGGUGAGAUUAUAUUUGAAAGAUCUUUAGUUGGACGGAAAAGCGACAUUUGGGCAUUCGGUUGCAUCAUCUCCGAGGUAGUGACAUACAUGCUUAUGGGAUCGAACGGCGUUCGACAGUUCCAAGAAGGCCGCAAGGCGAAAGUCAUGAAUUGGACCUUCUCUCAAUUCCACCAGGGAGGGAAAUCGCAUCCAUUCGUCCAAUCCUGGAUAUCAAAGCUGGAAAAAAUCGCGCCCUCAAAUUUUUCGGUUGUUUUUACCCUUAUAUUACAAAUGCUCGAGAUUGAUCCACCCAAACGGCCAGAUGCUGCUUCGGUUUCUUCUUCACUUAGCCUCUUAGCUAUAAGAUCCCAGUCUCAUUCCUUAGACGAGAAGAUGAAUACCUUAUCAAAAUCCCAGGCAGAGGCGUAUACCCUAGCGGUGGAGCAUGAGCGGCACAGAUCAUGGGCUACGAACACCGGAUUAGACGACCCUCAAGCAAAUUGGGACAAAUUUACCAGUUCUUUGCGGACGGGAGUCGAAUUCAACGAUAUCAAUCAAUGUUUUUCCGCGUUGAAUGCCUUUCUAGAUACACUUAAUGGUUGGAAUUACAAUGAACUGCCCUUCAGCCCUGUAUUACGGCAAUUACGACGUCAUGUGGACAAACUCAUGGGCCUCCUCCAGCAGCGGCUCCAAGACAAGAUUACGAGUGCCAUUGAGAUUCAAUUUCUUCAAAAUAAUAACUUGGACGAGCUCGAAAGGAUCCCAAGCGAUCUUAGUGAAGCAUCUCCUUUGCACAACCUUCGCCUUCUGGGUGUUGCAAAGCUCAUGUCGGCAUCUGGUGCUAACGUCGCAUCAGGAUUGGUGGAGAGGUUCGAAGCAACGCAAGUCAAUAUCCAAGAAGUGUUUGACGUACGAUCAAGUCUCGCCGAACUGAAGGAGCCGACUGAUUCAGAUGCGAGCGUGCCAGUUCUCAUCGAGUGGCUCGAAUACGACCUACAAUGGGUCGGCAAUGUUGGUCAAGAGCUGUUUGCUAGAGUAGAAGAACUUGCAAGCAUGUUGAGACAUAAAGAGAAACCUUCCGGGUUCCUGAGCCUCAAUUGUCGUGGGUACUAUCAUAAUGUUCAACGGCAUUCUUUUGGUCUCAUUUUUGAACUGCCUGUUGGCCCAUCUCCAUAUGCGCAGCCAUACCGUCCCACAACAUUAAGAGAUAUGAUCUGCAAGCUACGAGAUAUAGAGACGAGGCCCUUCUUGGGUCAAAUCUUCGAACUCAGUCAUGCCCUAGCGUAUUCCAUCCUGCAGUUUCACAAAGCCAACUGGCUUCACGAGAAUUUUUCGUCUUUCAAUGUCUGUUUCUUCCCAUCUCAUAUCGAGGACGCCGCAAAAUCGAUAACGGAGCCGCGCUUGAUCGGUUUCAACCAUAGUCGACAAGACGGGUUGGAUGCGUUCACGCAUGGAAUGAAUGCCGGAUCAGAACAGCAGGAUUUCUCGCAUCCAGACUAUUUGAUGGACAACAAAGGGUUCAACCACACUUACGAUUACUACAGCAUUGGGUUGGUUUUACUAGAGAUUGGCCUCUGGAGAACUUUGGAAUCAAUGGCUUCUACAAUGAAGGAUGACGACAAGAGUCCAGAGAGUCUAAGAAAGUUUUUGCUUGCACGAUACGUACCUCGUUUAGGAAAUCCUGUGGGCGAGAUCUAUCAGAAGGUUGUUUCAACAUGUCUUGAGAGCGAUUUCAGUUCAAACUCGAGUAGUCCAGCCAGUCAUCGGAUUGCUAUCCUUAGUGAAUUUGAAGAGAGGGUUGUGAUUCCGUUAAGCAGGUGUCGGGCUUGA